AUGGACGUCAAGAAGAAGCACGAGCUCGAGGCGGCCCUCGCGACCGAGGCGCAGGCCAUCGCCGCCGGCCAGCUCCAGGAGGAGAAUCCGCUGGACCCGAGCGACGCCUUCAGGCGGUUCUGCGAGGCGUGCCGGCGGGGCGACGAGAAGGCGUGCCAGGAGAUGAUCUCCCAGGGCGUGAACCUCAACGCGCGCGACCAGUACGACUACACGCCCUUGAUCCUUGCCAGUCUGUGCGGCCACUACGAGGUCAUACGGCUGCUCCUCGAGAACGGCGCGCUGUGCGAGCGAGACACCUUCCAGGGCGAGCGCUGCCUGUACAAUGCCCUCAACGACCGCAUACGCAACCUGCUGCUCUCCUACGACUACGCCAAGUCGACGAACCCUCUGCAGCCGCUCGCGGCGCACAUCACCUCGCUCCUCACACGACCAUCGCCGAAGACCGCCGACAUUGCAAUCACUGCAUUCGACCAGACCUUCCACCUGCACAAGUUCCUGCUCGCCGCACGCUCCCCGUACUUUGCGAAGAAGCUCGCAGCAACUCCAUCAGUAACAUCAUGGAAGCUGCCGGACAAGAUACCUGCAGAGUCGCUGGCCAUGGCGCUGCAGUACCUCUACUUCCAGGAAGUGUCCAUUCGGCGCGCACUCGUGGGCCUGAGCGACGAGCAGGAGCUGGUUGUCUUCAAUGGCAUCGACAAAAUUGGCAAGCAGCUGGAAAUCGAAAGGCUGUUUGAAGACAUCACCGAGAUCGACGAUCGAAGACGGUUACGGCAGCGCAGGGCAGACGAGCUGUCGAGAGGGAGACAGCAGCUGGACGAGUGGUUCCAGAGCAACAUUGUAAAACACAAGAGGGUCGUCGACACCGACAAGGUUGACAGCAUCAAGUGGGACCGCGAAAACUCCAUCUUCGCUGACAUUUUGCUUCGCGCCGACGACGAUGACGAGCCUGAACAGUCCGCGACCUCGACGCCUGCUACAGAGGCCGCGAACGGCGCGCUGAAUGGUCUACCGAUUGGCCCGAGACAAUCGAGAUCCCCGUCACGGCAGCGCAAGCCUCGCCAAUCCACUGUAUACCCUGCGCACCGCGCGAUGCUGUUGCGGUCAGAGUACUUCUUGACCAUGUUCAGCUCAGACUUCAAAGAAGCGCAAGAGACACCGCACCUGCAAGUCGUCACCGUAGACUGCUCACCGGCUGUGCUCGAGACCAUUCUGACCUUCAUGUACACCGAGCGCGCAGAUUUCGGUCUCGACAUAGCCAUCGACGUUCUGUUCGCGGCAGACAUGCUUUUCAUCGACAAGCUGAAGCAGCGCGCUGCAAUCAUCAUCUCUGCACUGGGCGCCGGCCAAUCAGCCGUCGAGUCUGACAAUCCUCGUGGCGAGACAGAUGCUGAUGACGUCAUCGACAUCUACGAGGUCCUCCAGGCCGGAUGGGAGACGAAGGUGCAGCGUCUCGAAGAGUUUGCAGCACGCUACAUCGCCUACCGAUUGGAGCACUACAUCGACGAGCCCGAGUUCGCGCAGAUUGUACAAGAGUCUGCCAACAGAGUCAAGGCGCGUCAGGAGACGGAUACAGUCGAGUUGGUCGACGACAUCCGGUACUACCUCUCAGAGAGAUUCAGACUUCGUUUUGAAGACAGCGGACUGGACGAGAUGAUGGACGAGCAAGCUGCCAUCAAGGCGGCUGAGAAAGAUCUCGGACGGUCGGUCGACAAUCUUUCCUUGGAUGACACGAUGCAAGACCAAGCUGUUCCUGUUGAGCAGCAGAUUGCUGCAGGUGCCAUUCGAACGCUAGACGGCGAGCCUGUCAGCGAUGAGUUCUUGCAGGACGCCCAAAACUACCAGAUCCUGCUGGGUAAGAUAGACACCUUGUUGGAGAGGCUCAAUCUAGACGCGUAG